GUUUGUGUAAAACGGUAUUAAUCAUAAAUAAUACAUGACUAACAUUACAUUGUUACAUGAAACUGUUUAAGGUGUACUAUUACACUACUGUAUAUCACAACACUAAUAUUUGUCAUCUGAUACAUUGAUAAAAAUAAACCGUGCAGUUUUAAAAUAUUUACUUCCUUUUUAGCGUUCAUUAGACAAUCUAACCAAUGUAAAACACAGCUAAAUGUGAACGCGAUCUGAUAUGGAAUGUUUACGUAUGUACCACAUAGCUCCGUAAAACGUAUUACAAGUAGAGAUGUCCGGACAAUGGCACCAGUAAACUGUUUAAAGUGUAAGCAGCUGUGUGUCAAACCACUACAACUUCCGGGAUGUGGUCAUGUUUUCUGCAAGAAGUGUUUAAACGAGUAUUUCAACUCCCUGAGUUCAUGGACGGACGAGCCUGACUAUUUUCCGUGUCCAGAAUGUGGAGGAAAAGUCGUCAAGCCAGAUUUACCUAUUUCUAAAUGGACUAAACAGUUUAGAAUUUAUAAGACAGCAAGAUUUUUUACAAAUGGUUCUGACGCAUUACAAGAUGAGGAUAAAGAAACCGGAAGUGAUUCUGUUACGUCGAGGAAUAUCCGAAUGACAACAGGACAUAGAGAUGUAAAGAAAUCUACAUUUUAUACCAGAUCUAAAUCUUUAUGUUCCCAGGGACAGGUUUCGAGUAAACAGGAGGACGAAGAUAAAGGAAGCGACGAUGUUAGAAUCAGAACCGCAUCCAGUUUUAAACAUCGGAGUUUUCACAGGACAGCUAUGAGAUUAUCAAUGUUCAGUUUCGAGAAAGCUUUUGAGAGCAAGAUUAGCUCGGACAAGAAUGAUUGUGUUUAUUUUGGUGGAGAUACAAUGCAUAACGGGAACCUGUUGUUGUCUGAUUGGCUAAAUUUAACUGUCAAAAUGUUCGAACCUUCGGGUCAAUUUGUGUGCAAAAUAAAGCUUGACGAGGCGCCAUUAGAUGUGACAGAUGCUGGUAAAGACAUGAUUGUGGUCAGUUUUGGAAGUAGGUCAAAUAUGGUGUUAUUUCUAAAAUAUAAAGAGUCAGAGGAGGAAAAACUGAAGCUAAUGGGUGGGAACAAACUCCCGGGAUAUUUAUACAGCACGACAAGGUACGAGGGCACGUGCAUAGGAAUAUUUGAAAAAGAUGGGUGUAAAAGUUGUUCCAUUGUUGAAGUUACCAUAGGAAAAUCUGGUAAAAAACCAGGCGCUCCAAGAGAAAGUGUGAAAGAUUUUAUAAAUCCCGAGAAGAACUUUGAACUGUCAUCAGAAAGUGGAAUUUGUUACAAUCACAAUGACAGGCGACUGUAUGUCACUAGUAGAAGAAAACUCCUAUGCUUCCGAAAAGACAGAAGACUUAUAUUUAGAGAAAGUUAUCACAGAACAGAAACAGAUUUGUAUAUUCUAGGAUCAGUGACAUGUGAUGAAAGGGGCGUGGUCUAUAUAGCUUCUGACUCAUGUAUCUUACGUGUAUCUAAAGAUGGCGCCCUGAUAUCAGUGUUAGAAUCGCCAGAAGAUCCCUACCAUAUACUUACCAGACAUGAUCAACGUAAACUUGUUGUUCUUAGCAAACAAAGCGAAGUCUUAUUCUUUAAUAUCGAAAAGAAGAAAAAAAUUACAUUGAGCUCAUAGUAGAAUCGCUAUGGUACAAUUCUUCACAAACAUUCUAUAAUGAAAAUGGAGUAAUUUAAAUGUAUUUCAUCCAUGACAAACCUAGUGAUACAAAUUUGAACAGGAAAACAAAACGUUUUGUAAAGAAGCGAAGUGAAUUUUUAUGUGUCGAUAAAAGAACGAAACGUAUGCUACUGUCAAAUAUGUUCAUGCUUAUUGAUAAACUUAAACGUUUAGAUUAUAUUCAGGUUAAUAUAUUUGCUUGAUAACACGCUAUAUUGCUAGGUAUUCAGUUAUAAAUAUUGUUGUUUGAUAUUACAUAAAAUAAUUAAGAGAUAAUACACUUGAUAUCAUCAUAUUACAUCCAAGGUAUACUUCAGUACAUAGAUAAAAGCAUGUGUGCGUGGAGGUAUUAAUUGGACUUUAUUUGAAGUUAAUUAAGAACCCAACCCAUGUAUCUGCUUUUUGCAACAAUAUAAUGACAUCUAAUUUAUACAUAGAGUUUUCUAGUGUCAACAAGCAAUAUAGUUUUCGUUAUUCCUGAUCACUCAUACAUGUUGUAUGAAAUAAACAUGCAAAUGUAAUGAUAUUAUUCAGGCAGUAUUAAGCAUAUUUCUAAAGUAAAGUUUAACCAUUUUAUCAUAGCAAUUAAAAGGCUGUCGUGAGAACGUAUAUAACGUUGUCAGUUAACAAAAAUGCCUUUGUAUCCCGUACGAAUGUUUCAUUUAGAAUUUGGGCGUUUUUAAAUAAAAUCACAUAAAAUUGUCAAAAGAUUCUACAAAAUUGCAUUUUAUAUGUAAAACAUGUAUAUAGAAAAUAUAUUUACAAUUGGA